UUGGUCUUCACGUCUAACACUAUGGCCCCAAUGCUUAUUCUCACAGACGAGCAAAGUUCAAAUGUGAGCUCGGAUUGGGUUCCAAUUGAAUGGGAAGUUCAGCCUGAGGUCCCAGUCCCAGAUGUAUAUUCCACAGGUAUCCAUGGGAGCACCCCAGGCAUUGAUCCAUCUCAUAAUGAGCGGAAUACGGUGGGAUCAACCGAAAGUAGGGAUGGCAACUAUGAGAAAGGAGCUUCAUCAACAGGUACUGUCACCAGCAUCAGCGCUGAACAGCAGCCAAGUAAUGACAGAAAACCAGAAAGUCCCAACAAGGAAACUCCUCCGACGUAUGUUCCUACCCGACCUGGACAAGAAAAGACAGAGUAAUAGCAAACCAGAGUGUGAGAUUACAACCUUCAUAGAUGAAGAAAGAGUAGCAGUCAAGAAUAGAAUAGGAUAGAAAAUACAUUUUUCAAGUUGAAAGCGAACCUCUUUUUUUCUUUUAUACAAAACAGGUUGCAGUUUGGAUAAGGAAAAGAGUUAGAAAGAUGUUGAGAUUGGAGAUGGAAGUUUACUUUUUCCAAUGAUAAAAGAAUCCAGAUUCAUAUUACGAAGUUGAACCAAAUAUUCAAAUCAGGAUAACGCUUUUUAACAGUUUAUGAUAAAAGGAGAUAAUUCUCAUCAUUAGUUUAAAUAAAUAUAUCUGUAAUUUGAAAAAGG